ACGUAAAUCGAUAUAUCGUUCGAGAGUAACCGGAAGUAGCGAGAGUAUGUUUUAGAAUAAAAUUGUUCAUAAACAUAUUGUAACAUUUAUUAUUAUUAAAAACACUGAAUAAUACAUGAAAUAUGCAUAUACAUAUUUCGCAUUGUGUGUUCGUAUUGUACAGAUGUAGUGCAUUAUAAAAAAUAUAAUUUAAACUUUACAAUAGUCUCUUUGACGGUUUAGUAAUUUCGAGGAAUUUUCGUGUAGGAAAAAAGAAUAAAAUAUGCGUAGUAACUAAAUAAAACGUUAAACACAUUUAAUCUGAGUAUCUGAUCUAGUAUUAUUCGAUAUUCAAAAAUACCAUCUGUUAAUUUGGGCGCCGUGGCGCUUAUAAUAUUAUAAAACGAAACUUUGCCAAUGGGAGAAAAUUAAAUCAGUUUGAAAGCCAAAAAAGGAUUAAAUUAUGAACCAAAUUUAAAAGAAUACAUGUCGAGUGACUAUAUAUUUACAUCUUUUAACUAUGAGGUCUGAAUCGUCAAGAUCCACGUAUAAUUCUCUAAAAGAUUCCAUUUUUAAAAAGUUGUAUUCUUUAACGUAGAUACGUUAUACUGAUGUAAGCAUUAAAAAAUAUGUCAGCAUUAAUCAUUCGAAAUAUAGUUGCUGAGUGGGUGUAAAACGUAUACGCCUACCUUCGAAGAAAAAUGACGCUGCGGUAGUCUAGUCCACGUAAGUAUUUUGCAAAAUUCAGCAACGCUGGCGAAAAGUUGAUGAUGGAGCAACUUUCUUGGAAUUGUGUACACAGAUGUUUGUAAAUACAAUUAUUUUUUAACUACAAAACAUGCCAAGAUCUUUGCAUGAAUAUUCUUAUACAUUUUGGGCUAUAUUCAUAAACAUGUUAUCUUUUGUAUUUACCUAUACAUACCAGAUCAGUUAAUUACAAUUUAUUAUACAGCAAUUGUAUUGUGACAGUGUACAUAUAAUGUUUUCUUUUAAUUACCAAAAAGUUAUAAAAUAUUGAUGCAUUAUCUUUCAAAAAUGCAUUUUUCUAUACCAGAUACUGAAGAGUUUAUUGAUACAGCUGGUAAUACGUAUGUGGGAUAUAAUAUUCAUAUAAAUGGAUUAUUUCAUUGUACAGUCAGGUACAAACAAUUACAUAAUUUUCAUGAACAAUUGACUAAAGAUUUGGACAUAUCUUUACCAUCAUUCCCACCAAAAAAAUUUUUUCCUUUAACGGCAAAUCAGCAAGAGGAACGUCGUUUGUCUUUAGAAAAGUACAUUCAGUCAAUUGGACAGAAUGAGAUUAUCAAUAACUCAGGAAUGUUAAAUGCAUUCUUAUUAAAUGCUCAACAAGAAACUAUAGGUGCAUUAGUCAAUGAUGAGAGUAUGGAUAUUUUCCUAAUGAAUGGAUGUAAAAUUAUAAUAAAUGUAUCUGCAGGUGAUCAUAGUGGAAUUGUCUUGAAGAAAGUCUAUGAACAUCUUAAACUGCCAGAACAAUAUUAUUUCUACUUUGCAUUGUUUAUUGUUGCUCAGGAUGAAAACAAUAUUGUUUAUUUAUUACGCAAGUUACAGAAUUUUGAAUCUCCAUUUAUUACAAAUAAUCAUAUGCAUGAUAUAGAUAGUAAAGUUGUACUUGGGAAAAAUUACUGGGAUCUAGCAUAUGAUCUUGAAUUAAUGAACAAUGCAGUAGCUAUGAACUUAUUAUAUAUUCAAGCUGUGGCAGAAUUUCAAAGAGGAUGGAUUAUAGCCAAAGAUGAAUUAAAUAAUCAUUUGAUUACUUUACAAAAUCAGGGAAAGAAAAAGGAAUAUUUGGAUGUAGUGCGUACUUUAAAGUAUUAUGGCUACAUUCAGUUUGCCCCAUGCUUUUGUGAUUACCCUAAGUCAGAUUCAAAAGUAUUAGUUGCUAUAGGUAGGAAUGAAUUAAAUUUGCGAAUAUUAUCAGAUGAAGAAACAUAUAGAGAAGAAGUCUUUAAAGUUUCUAAAAUGCGUUGUUGGCGAAUAACUACUGUACAAAAUGGAUUUGAGAGAUCUGAUGACACCGAUGAUUUUAGUUUGGAAUUAUCUUUUGAAUACUUAAUAGCUAAAAAUCAAUUACAAUGGAUUACCAUUACUUCAGGACAAGCUAUUUUAAUGUCUGUAUGUUUACAAGCUAUGAUUGAUGAAUUACUAUUAAAACAUGCUGGUGGAAGUCGUACUCAGGAAGUAUCUGGAAAAUCAUGGACUUACACUAUGAGAGAUGGCCAAACUAUUGUGAUGGGAUCGAGUUCCGGUGAACAGAUUGAAGAAAAUAGAAAGGGUCAAUGCGUGAAACUGUCUUCUAAAUCAGAACCAAUUAUGAAGAAGCUAGCUGACAGAUUGUCAGCAGUAAGAAUAAAAAGAUCUGUGGAUGUUGAAGGUAAUACGAAUAAUAAAAUUAAAAAGAAAUAUAUAUCAGAGUGUGAUAUGGAAAACAAUGCAUUUCACAUGAUUGGUGAUGACGACUUAUAAACACGAUAUGCCUUAUGUAUAUAUAGCUCUUUAAAACUACUAAACUUCUCAGAAAAUCUUUUUAUAUUUUUGAUAAAGCGUAACCAUAAAUUUGUAAAAUUCUCACGGUAUCGGAAGAAAGGUAAAUUUUUUACUUAUGUAACAAUGCUGUAACGAUUACAUUUACUAUUUUAAUAUUUUGUUAUUAAUUUAUUAAAAAGGAAAUAAUAUAAAUGGUUAAUUAAG